CAGCGAGCUGCUGCGAACUUCAGAGCCGAGCCGGAGCGGCGCCGCGCGGAGCCGGGCAUGGGGUAGCCGCUCCGCCCCUGCUCCGCUCCCCACCAUGUAGGCGAGGCGCCGCGCAUCGCUCCGCGCCGCCUGCACCGCGCUCGCAGCGCGCCGGGGGGCGGCGGCGGCACCAUGCGGGGCGCCGCGGCCGCCGGGCGGCUGCUGUUGCUGGGGCUGCGGCUGCUGCUGGGGCUGCGGCUGCUGCUGGGCGGCGGCGCCGCGGCGCAGUACUCCAGCGACCUGUGCAACUGGAAGGGGAGUGGCUUAACUCAUGAGUCGCACAAGAAGGACGUUGAACAGGUCUACCUCCGCUGUUCAGAAGGAUCCAUCGAGUGGAUGUAUCCCACGGGAGCGCUUAUCGUCAAUCUGCGACCCAAUACUUCACCUGCCUCUUACAAACAUUUGACUGUUUGCAUAAAGCCCUUCAAGGACUCUGCAGGAGCAAAUAUUUAUUUGGAAAAAACUGGAGAACUGAAACUCUUGGUCCGAGAUGGAGAUCGCAGCCCCAAUAAAGUCUAUUGCUAUGGCUAUGAUCAAGGGGGCCUGUUUGUUGAGGCUACUCCUCAGCAGGACAUUAGCAGGAAGAUCACAGGCUUCCAGUACGAACUGAUGAACAAGGGGAUAGCAUCCGAUUUGCACACAGUUUCUGCCCCCUGCCGACCAUGCAGUGACACAGAAGUCCUCUUGGCUGUCUGCACUAGUGAUUUUGUUAUCAGAGGCUCUAUUCGAGAUGUGACCAAUGAGGAAGAAGAGCAAGAAUCCAUAAUACACGUUGGUGUGAACAAACUUUACAGGCAGAAGAGCAAAGUCUUUCAGCUCACAGGGGAAAGUGGGAACUGGCGAGGACAAAUAAAGACCCUGUUGGAGUGUGGGGUGAGACCAGGAGAUGGAGAUUUCCUCUUCACAGGACGCAUGCACUUUGGGGAAGCCAGGUUAGGCUGUGCCCCUCGUUUUAAAGACUUCCAAAGGAUGUAUAAAGAGGCAAAAGACAAAGGGCUAAACCCAUGCGAAAUUGGCCCAGAUUGAAGCCCCCUGUUUGGCUGAGGAUCACUUUCAGCAUUUGGCCAGGAAUAUUUCCUUUUCCUGGCCUUGCUGAACACUCUGAACAAAAAUGGUAACUGAAAGCACGGACAGGUCUGGAGUGCAGACUGAAACCCUGCAGGACACAUCUGGAGCCUGCGGUGCUGUUAUACUAAUGGAAGCAACAGAGGUACGAGCUCAGAAGGCUGCCAAGCAAGCAAGGCUGGAUUUUUAACCAAUCUUGUCCUUAUGAAUUAAGUUAUUAUAUUUUUUUAGUGUCUUCCUUAGGAAAACAAACAAAGAAAAUUCCCAUGUUUUAGUAAAAAAAAAAAACCCAAAUGAAAGCCAACAUGCCUUUGUAUCUUUUUAAUACUAAUUUUUAAAAAAUGUCUUAAGCUGAUGUAGCAUUUGGUAUGGUGUAUUCUGUAUAAAUGGCCGAGAAUGUGAUAGAACACGGUAAACCAUCUGAACAUUGAUGCUUUGUAAAAAGCUUGGUGUACAAUUCAAAGUUGUUUCUUAUGACAGAAAUUUAUGGAUCCAAACUCUUGUGUGUGUGUUCUUUUUUUAUUUGAAAGAAUGUACAAUCGCUGCCUGCAGUUUUUUGUCCAGGCUGGAAAAUUCUCUCCAUUCCAGAGAAAUAAAGGUCCCUAGAUUUGA